GGAGGAGAAGGAUGGCAGAAGAGGAAAGAUCUCAGCCACGCUGAGCUGAUGGUGAUGACCAUCGCCGACAUCAUCAAGCAGUUAAUCGAGGCUCAGGAGCAGGGAAAGGAUGUAAAUCUGAACAAGCUGAAAACCAAGACCUCAGCAAAGUAUGGACUCUCAGCACAGCCACGGUUGGUUGACAUCAUCGCUGCCGUCCCACCACAGCACCGCAAGGCGCUGGUGCCAAAGCUGAAGGCCAAGCCCAUAAGGACAGCUAGUGGGAUCGCUGUCGUGGCUGUGAUGUGCAAACCACACAGGUGCCCACACAUUAACUUCACUGGCAACAUAUGUGUAUACUGCCCAGGUGGCCCUGAUUCCGAUUUUGAAUAUUCAACACAGUCUUACACUGGAUAUGAGCCUACAUCCAUGAGGGCCAUUCGGGCUCGGUAUGACCCCUAUCUCCAGACAAGGCAUAGAGUGGAACAGCUGAAGCAGUUGGGUCACAGCGUGGAUAAAGUGGAGUUCAUUGUGAUGGGUGGAACUUUCAUGGCCUUGCCUGAAGACUACAGGGAUUACUUCAUCCGGAACCUUCACGAUGCGCUGUCGGGUCACACCUCCAAUAACGUAGCAGAGGCUGUCAAGUAUUCUGAACGAAGCUUGACAAAAUGCGUUGGGAUAACCAUAGAGACCAGACCAGAUUACUGCCUGAAACGCCAUUUGAGCGACAUGCUGUCCUAUGGCUGCACAAGGCUGGAGAUUGGAGUGCAGAGUGUGUAUGAGGACGUGGCCAGGGACACCAACAGAGGUCACACCGUGAAGGCUGUGUGCGAGUCGUUCCACUUAGCCAAGGAUGCUGGCUUCAAAGUGGUGGCACACAUGAUGCCUGAUUUACCCAACAUGGGGCUUGAAAGGGACACCGACCAAUUUGUUGAGUUCUUUGAGAACCCAGCCUUUCGUCCCGAUGGAAUGAAGCUCUACCCAACGCUGGUGAUCCGCGGCACCGGGCUGUAUGAGCUCUGGAAGACUGGAAGAUACAAGAGCUACCCCCCUAGCACUCUUGUUGAUCUCGUGGCCAGAAUCCUGGCUCUGGUCCCGCCGUGGACACGUGUGUACCGUGUUCAGAGAGACAUCCCAAUGCCGCUGGUGAGCUCUGGAGUGGAGCAUGGGAACCUGAGGGAACUCGCCUUGGCCAGGAUGAAAGAUCUUGGGACACAGUGUCGUGAUGUAAGGACCAGAGAGGUUGGAAUUCAAGAAAUUCACCAUAAAGUGAGGCCAUAUCAGAUUGAAUUAAUUAGAAGGGAUUAUGUGGCUAAUGGUGGCUGGGAGACCUUCCUGUCCUACGAAGACCCGGAGCAGGACAUUCUCGUUGGCCUCCUGCGACUGCGAAAGUGCUCAGAGGAAUCCUUCAGACCUGAGCUGAAGGGGGGUGUUUCCAUUGUGCGGGAGCUGCAUGUGUAUGGGAGCGUGGUCCCAGUGAGCAGUCGGGACCCUUCCAAAUUUCAGCACCAGGGAUUUGGCAUGCUACUCAUGGAGGAGGCGGAAAGAAUAGCCAAAGAGGAGCACGGGUCAUGGAAAAUUGCUGUAAUUUCAGGUGUUGGCACAAGGAACUACUACAGGAAGAUUGGCUACGAGCUGGAGGGGCCGUAUAUGGUGAAAAGGCUGCAGUGAGCCCAGCAGGUCCUCACCUCACCUGCUGCAAGGAGAGGACGUGGCUGACCCAUGAGAAAAGAUCACGGCGGUGGCUGGAAGCUGAAAACCAAAACCUGGCAGCUGCAAAGGACUUGUUUGUGCCCUUGGCAGCAAAUGGGGAGCACGGCUCUCUUGAGGUGUGCUUUGCCCCAGGACAUCACACACACAUCCAGGGCUGGCUUUGCUGCGUUGCAAUAUGGGAGUGAAUCACAGGUGAACUGAAGGGCGCCCUGUAAGGGAGUCUAGUGUGGAAAAGCACCUGUUAUUUCUAGGAUGCUGCUGUUGGGCUUUUACUAUGCAUUGAAAUGGCGUGGGUUAUUUUGCAACAUAAAGGAAUCCUUGUUCUUUGCCUACUUACUUAUUUACACUGCCAUGGCUGCUUUUUGUCCA